AUGGGGGAGGGAGCCGCGCGACCCCGCAGUCGGGCCGAGCGCCGGAGCGAAGCCCGAGGACAGGGAUCGGGCCGGGGACCAGACCCAGGCGCGCGCGCUCCCCCCUCAGCCCAGGCGCUCGCGAACCCGAGGAAAGGCGGCGACGAGCGCCGCGGUCGUGGGGGAGGGGCGGGGAGUCGAAGCCCGCCAGCGACAGGAACAGCGGGAAGGGGGAAGGGAGGCCAGGGCGUCCGCGCCAGCGAAGGGCGGGGAGCGCGCGUGCGCGCGGAGGAGCGCGGCGACCUGAGCCGUUCUCCGCGCGCUUUGGCCUCGCGCCGGGGCCGCCGCCCCUCCCCCACCCGGCUCGCUGGCUCUCUCACCCGCCGCCUCCGCCCGCCGCCUCCGAGGGGGAGAGGUCUUGCCGCCGCCGCUGCUCGAGCUCCCGAGUCCCUCAGGGCCUGGAGCUGCCGCCUCGCCUCGCCGGUCCGCCCGCCUCAGCCGACGCCGACGCCUCCUCGCUUCCUCAGGGGCCGCAGCGGGCUCCGACUGCGCCACUCGCACCCCGCCUGGGCCGCGCUGCACGUCAGCACGACUAACUGCGUGCGUCACCACGCAAACGCGCGUCGCGGGGCCCGCCGGGAACUGGAGCAGGCUUUUGCUCAGGCGCCGAACCCACACCGAGAAGUAUCGUUUCUUAAGGCGCACGGACGAUUUCACUUCUUUGCCGAAGGACUAAGCGUCCCGUCGGCCAGUGCGACGAAGAACGGAGAAGGCGACCUAAGACACCGCGUAUUCAAAGGCCUUCCGGUGCGGGGAGGAGCACAGGGCCUAGCGCCACCUAAGCGGCGCCCGGGAGCGUCCCACCGCCCGCCGUCCACGCAGAGCAUUCUGGGAGUUGUGGUUCGGGCGUGUCGCGGAGCCCGGAUGCAAAUUUGGCUCUGGGCGCGGCGGCCAUUUUGUCUCCCCAUGUUGGGAGGCGAUGGCCGUGGCACGGCGGUGCAGCUGUUGUCAUGUGACUGUGGGCUUCCCGAUCGAGCCCGCGGCUGGAUAGCACUCCGACUUCCGCACCCGAGAGAAGCCGCCUCGGGCCCCAGCCAGCGGCCAUCCCCGGAGUCCUUGAGCCUGGCUGCAGGCCCUGGACCUGCGCUAGGGGCCCAACCAGCUGCCCGUGGCGUAGGCUGCGCUCUGCCGCUGUGCACUGAGCUGAGGCCCGACGGCUGCCCCUGAGGGUGGAGUUCUAGCCUCGGGUACGGCAGCCAGGCUGGGGUCCCCCCAGAAUCGGGAACGUGGCACCCGUGAAGGGGCACGUGCAGGAGCAGGGCAGGAGGGAAACGGGCGCCUUAAAAGUUUGCGCCCUUUGGUCCGUACUUGCUGUUAACUUUUCUAAGUCGGUGGUUCUGGGCCCGGUCGUCAGCGCGUCUCCCUCACGGCAGAGGCAUUAGACGCUGGGCUGCUCGGGCGCAGGUUCGAAUCUCACCCCGCCCCUGGACGCGCCCUUAGCUGUCCUUGCACCCGAAACGGGACGCAGUUCCUUUAUAUCUGACAUUAGGGUUUGGAGGUGGUUUUUUGCUUGUUUUUAAGAGACGGGGUGUUCCCCAGGCUGGUCUGGAAUUCGGGUUCAAGUGAUUCUCCCACCUCAGGCUCCCAAGUAGCUGGGACUACCUGUGCGUACCACCACAUCUGGCUUUUUAAACGGUUUCACUCUUGUCACCCGGGCUGGAGGGCAGUGGCGCAAUCUCAGUUCACUGAAACCUCCGUCUCUCCCCGGGUUCAAGUGAUUCUCCCAAGUAGCUGGGAUUACAGGUGAGCGCCACCGCGCCCAGCUAGUUUUUGUAUUUUUAGUAGAGGCGGGGUUUCACCAUGUUGGCCAGGCUGGUCUCGAUCUCCUGACCUCAGGUGAUCUGCCCGCCUCAGCCUCCGAAAGUGCUGGGAUUACAGGCGUGAGCCACCGCGCCCAGCUAGUAUUCAGCUCUAAGUUUUGUUUUUCGCUUGUAACCUAAGCUCCCUGGCUUCCUGGAGCUUACAUUACAAAUAACUAGGCAACUACCAGACAGAACAGGUGCCAGGGAGGGUGGGAACAGGGUAUGGGGUAAGGACAAUGUCUGCAAAAGCAUCCCGCCCUCCAGGGGGAGACCAGAUGUCCAGGAAGUAACCUCCCAGCUGCCUAGAAGUGUUUCUCGAAUUACCUUCUUAUCUGGAGACCCCAGUCCCCACCCAGCCCGUCCUGCCGGGCUGGAAGCAGGGUCUCAGGCCUUCUGGCUUCCAGGCCCUGUGUGUUACCAGUCCAGUGGGUAGGAUGGACUGAGGAUGGUCCUCAGCGCAGGCAUGGUGCACACAGCAAGCAUAACAAGUGCCUGGGCCCUCUCUGUGGUACUCAGACCCCAAAGUCCUUAGCUCAGCCCCUGAGACAUGCCCUGGUUCCUGUGCUCAGGACAAACAGAUGUGAAACUCUGGAAGUGAGUGCAGCAAGGAACCGCCUUCCACGUGCGGCCAUGACGUCCCAUGUCCAAGCCCUGUGGGCACCGCCUCCUUCAGCGGCUCUUUCUGGCCUUGGUGUAGCACAGCUGGUGAGGUCGGCACUGUCCAGCCACCCCUUUCUUCUCGGGGUGAGGGGGAGAACCCUCUGUGAUGUCAGGGUUUUAAAGUACUAAUUGGGUCCAGGCGUGGUGGCUCACACUUUGGGGUGCUUGAGGCCUGGGAGUUCAAGACCAGCCUGGGCAACGUAGUGAGACUCCCCCCAUCUCUUAAAAAAACAAGAAAACAGAUAAUCACUCGUUUUAUUUUUUUAGGAUUCCUAGUCUCUUUGAAAGAGGUUAACAGUCAUAAAUUUACAAUAUUUCAAAGCCUAGCACAGUGGCCCAGCUGUGAUCCCAGCUGCUUGGGAGACUGAGGAGGGAGAAUCACUUGAUUGAGCCAACGCAUUGGAGACAAGCCUGGGUAACAUAGCAAAACCCAUCACUGAAAGUAAGUAAAUGUGUGAAAAUCCAACUGAAUUAUGACUGCCAAGCCUGGCACUUUUUAAUAUAAAACUAUUUCUUUUAAAAAAACUUUGGUUCAAUUCAUUCACCUCAGAGAACAAAAAAGAAAAAAAGUAAAAUUAAAAAAGCACACACCUACAUAAAAGAUCCAUCAGACAAACCCAUCACCUAAAAAUUAUAAAGUAAUGAAUAUCUCAAAAAAAGGAAAGAUAAAGUAAUGAAUAUCUAAAGCAUGAAGAGAUGCUUCUUUAGCUGCCUGAUGCCUCAACCCACUCUGCAGAGUGCCCAGAGCCAUAGCAGGAGCCCCUCCAGUGCAGCCUCCUCAGAGCGUCCCUGCAGCGCUGGAGCCACUCAGACACAUCCAUGUUAGUGCACUAGCGGCACAACUUCGUCAUAUUUAAAACGUGGAGUCUGGGCAAUAUGGCGAAACCCCAUCUCUACUAAAAAUACAAAAAUCAGCUGAGCAUGGGGGUGUACACCUGUAGUCCCAGCUACUUGGGAGGCUGAGGCAGGAGGAUUACCUGAGGCUUGGAAGGUUGAGACCAGUGAGCCAGAAUUGUGCCACUACACCAGCUUGGGUGACAGAGUGUGACUCUGUCCCCCCACCCCCCCAAAAAGGAGCCUAAAUACCCAUUUACAGGAAAUGAGUUAAAUUCAUUUGAAAUUCAUUAAUUAUGAAAUUAGGCCCAUCUGGAUGAUGACAUGAUUAAUUUAACUCUUGAGUUACAGAAUAAAGAGGAACUCUGCGGCCAGGCGUGGUGGCUCACGCCUGUAAUCCCAGCACUUUGGGAGGCCGAGGUGGGCGGAUCACGAGGUCAACAAAUCAAGACCAUCCUGGUGAACAUGGUGAAAUCCUGUCUCUACUAAAAAUACAAAAAAUUAGCUGGGCAUGGUGGUGCACACCUGUAAUCCCAGCUACUCAGGAGGCUGAGGCAGGAGAACUGCCUGAACCUAGGAGGUGGAGGUUGCAGUGAGCCGAGAUCACGCCAUUGCACUCCAGCCUGGGUAACAGGAGCAAAACUCCGUCUCAAAAAAAAAAAAGGAGCUCUGCAUUCUCCCAGUGCCCAAGGCACCAUGUCAGGCUAUGUUGUCAUCAGGCUGGUAGGUGGGUGGCAGACAAAUCCAGGCAGCACCCAGGAGCCUUCAUGGCUUCCCUGCUCCAGCUUGGUGGCCACAGCCUGACGCCCCUUCCCUCAGGGCUGCACCGGGCCUGUGGAAAUCUUUGUGACCCAGGUUUCACUCAUAGGCCAAGAUACCCUGCACUUGCUCUCAGCAGGGACAGCGCUCCGUGCAGUGCCUGCAGCCUUCAUACAGCUCAGCUUUUCUUUCUAGGAGCUAGGAAGCUGUCAGCUUAGCUCUCUGUGGGCAGGGUUUUUAAAAUUCUGUUUGUCUGCAGUCAGAGCUAAUGGUCCCAAAACACAAAUCCCCACCUACAGGCCUGUCAAGGAGGCACAGGGCCCACGCCCAUCCCUCCAGGUGCCCUUGUGCAAGUGACAAGCACCCACAGCCUCAGAGGAGUCCUCACUGCCCGAUCUCAGCAUGUUGCUCUCUGCAGGGUUUGGUGCCCGAGAUGCACAGUCCCGGGAGGAAGAUGGCCCAGUGAGCCGCACACCCAGCACCGCUCAAGGCCAUAGGUGCAAAUGUGGGCUCUGGUCUUCACAGGCCCUGGAGAGGAGACCUUUCCAUACCUGGAGUUUGGGAGCCGCGGGAGGCAGGCAUGGGGAGAGGGUUCUCAGUGACCCCUGUACGCUGAAGACUCCCUCUCCGUCUCUGCUGUGCUGGGUCUGCUAGGUGAGGUCUCCAGUGCCUGAAGCCCUGUGUGCCAGGGCCAGGCCUAUCCCAGAGCCCCAUGCACCUUCCACGUUAGCCCCAGUGGUCGGUGGUCAUGUCCUCCUCCAGGAUACACAGCUUCCCUCAGCCCCAGUGUGACUGAUUUUGCCCACCCAGGAAUACCCUGUGCAGAGGCCCACUCCAGGCAGGAGCCUGCAGGGCUGAGAAGGGCUUGUGAACUCCUGAGUGGCCCUAACUGCUGCCCCCCAGGACGGUUGGCCCCAGUACCAUCACCCUGUGUUUUGAGUGGAAAAUGUUCCAAUAGGGCGUGACUCCAAGUAGUUCAAAAAUACAAAGCAUGUGGGGAGGAGUCUGGCUUGCGUGCCCUCCCCUCUUACCUGUCCCACCCUAAUAGGUCAGCCUGGGGUUGUUUUCUCCCAUGCCUUGUGUCUUUUGACAAAUCCCCCUUGGGGCUUGUGCCUCAAGGCACAGGCCAAGGCUGUAUGGGGACCAUGCUGUGCUGUCUGGCCGAGAAGGAUGUCUCCAUCACUUAAAUGCAUCUGUGAUCUGCUCAGUGGAGCCACUCUGUCCUCCACGGCCAGGUACUAACUCUUGCCCCUCUGCAGCACCCAAAUGCCUGUUCAACACAACUUUGCUGCCAGAGUGUGUUGCCUUUCUUUUUUUUUUUUGAGAGUGAGUCUUGCUCUGUCGCCCCGGCUGGAGUGCGGUGGCAUGAUCUUGGCUCACUGCAACCUCUGCCUCCUGAAUUCAAGCAAUUCUCAUGCCUCAGCCUCCUGAGUAGGUGGGAUGGGAUUACAGGCUCAUGCUACCAUGCCUGGCUAAUUUUUGGUUGUUUUGUUGUUUGUUUGUUUUCGUUUUUUUUUUUUUUUUUAAGACAAUCUCGCUCAGUCACCAGGCUGGAGUGCAGUGGCGAAAUCUCGGCUCACUACAACCUCCGCCUCCUGGGUUCAAGUGAUUCUCAUGCCUUAGCCUCCCAAGUAUCUGGGAUUAUAGGCACAUGCCACCACACCCAGCUAAUUUUUGUAUUUUUAGUGGAGACCAAAUUUCACCAUGUUUGCCAGGAGGGAAUUUUUGUUUUGUUUUUUGAGACGGAGUCUGCUCUGUCACCCAGGCUGGAGUGCAGUGGCACUAUCUCAGCUCACUGCAACUUCUGCCUCCUGGAUUCAAGCAAUUCUCCUGCCUCAGCCUAUCGAGUAGCUGGGAUUACAGGUGUGCGCCACCAUGCCCAGCUAAUUUUUGUAUUUUUAGUAGAGAUGGGGUUUCUCCAUUUUGGUCAGGCUGGUCUCAACUCCUGACCUUGUGAUCUACCUACCUCAGCUUCCCAAAGUGAUGGGAUUACAGGUGUGAGCCACCGAGCUGGGCCAAAUUUUUGUAUCUUAUUUUUGAGACAGAUUCUUACUCCAUCACCCAGGCAGGAGUGCAGUGGCACAAUCUCGGCUUACUGCAGCCUCUACCUCCUGGGUUCAAGCAAUUCUCCUGCCUCACCCUCCGAAGUAGCUGGGACUACAGGCGCAUGCCACCACGCCCAGCUAAAUUUUUUUUUUUUUUUGUAUUUUUAGUAGAGACGGGAUUGCACCAUGUUGGCCAGGAUGGUCUUGAUCUCCUGACCUCAUGAUCUGCCCGCCUCAGCCUCACAAAGUGCUGGGAUUACAGGCAUGAGCCACCACGCCUGGCCAAUUUUUGUAUCUUUAAUAGAGAUGGAGUUUCACCGUGUUGGCCAGGCUGGUCCUGAACUCCUGACCUGAAGUGAUCUGCCCACCUCAGCCUCCCAAAGUGCUGGGAUUACAAGUGUGAGCCACUGUGCUCAGCCCAGGGUGUGUUGCUUUUUGCCUAUCUCCCCAAGAAGUUUGCAUUUUCCUGUUGUAAGUGAGGCUGAG